CAGUUCGGCGCUUCCUUCGAUUUUCAACAGAGAAGGUUAGGCAAUAUCAUAAAAGAUGCAGAACGAGGAAGGUCAAAUCACGGAGCUUUACAUCCCAAGAAAAUGCUCCGCAACAAACAGACUGAUCACUGCUAAGGAUCAUGCUUCUGUUCAGAUUAACAUUGGGCAUUUGGAUGAGAACGGCAUCUAUAGUGGCAAUUUUUCUACAUUUGCCCUAUGUGGUUUUAUUCGUGCACAGGGAGAUGCUGACAGUGCAUUAGAUCGAUUGUGGCAGAAGAAGAGAGCCGAAGUCAAGCAACAAUAGAUGACGAAGCUAGUUUUACCCCCCUAAAAUUGCGAGUUUAUAUUUUUUAGCUAUGAAUUUUGUGGCACUUGUUUUGUUCCUAUGGUACCUUUUAAGAGAAGUUUCCUUUUGACUUAUGAAUUAUUGACGGAUUUUUGUGCGCUUCCUCUAGUUCUUGAUUUUCCCUUU